AUGGUAGCAAUGUUCAUCGCUGACUUUCAAAACUCUUCCAUCUUAAUCCUCCUUUGCCUCUUUUCAUUCAUCUGUUACUCUUUCUUUUUCCUCAAGAAACGAAAUAACUCAGUACAAGGUUGUAAUCUGCCUCCUAGCCCUCCGUCUCUUCCAAUCAUCGGUCAUCUUCACCUUCUCCUCUCCCCUCUAAUCCACAGAUCCUUACAGAAACUCUCCUCCAAGUACGGACCUCUCCUCUAUCUCCGUGUCUUCAAUGCCCCAAUGAUCCUCGUCUCCUCUGCCUCAAUAGCCUACGAGAUCUUCAAGACGCAAGACGUGAACGUUUCCCUUCGCAACUUCCCUGCGAGCGAAGGGUCUCUCUUCUUUGGAUCUUCCGGCUUUGCCAUCGCACCUUACGGAGGUUACUGGAAAUUCAUAAAGAAACUCAUGACCACCAAGCUCAUUGGACCUCAGGCCCUCGAGAGGUCUCGAGGCAUCCGUGCGGAUGAGGUGAAUCGGUUUUACUUGAACCUUGUAGACAAGGCAACUAAGAAGGAGAGCGUUGUGAUCGCUGAGGAAGCGAUGAAGCUAGUACUCAACAUCACGUGCAAGAUGCUUAUGGGAAAGAGAUUUUCAGAGGACGAAGAGAAAGUGAGGGGGUUAGUGUCUGAAACAGAUGUCUUGUCAAAGAAGUUAGUCUUGGCGGUAAUCUUGCGCGAGCCGCUUGCCAAGUUUGGGAUCUCGCUUUUCAAAAAGGAUUUAGCCAGUAUUUCUCGCAGGUACGAUGAGGUGUUGGAGAAGAGUCUUUUGGAAUGUAGUGACACCUCAACAAACGCUAUACAGUGGACCAUGGCAGAGAUUUUCAACAACUCUAAGAUUCUUGAGAGACUGAGAGAAGAAAUCGAUUCGGUCAUUGAAAAAACAAGGUUGAUUCAAGAAACAGAUCUACCCAACCUUCCUUAUUUGGAAGCUGCUGUCAAGGAAGCACUGAGAUUGCACCCACCGGCACCUGUUGUGUUAAGGACCUUCCAAGAAGGAUGUAAGUUCAGAGGCUUCGAUGUGUUGGAGAAGACAACACUUCUUGUUAACGGCUAUGCUGUAAUGAGAGAUCCAAAUAUCUGGGAAUACCCUGAGGAGUUUAAACCUGAGAGGUUUUUGUUGCCUUGUUCGAGAUCAUUUCAAGAGGAUGAGAUCAAAGAGGAAAUCCUGAAAUAUCUUCCUUUCGGAAGUGGAAGGAGAGGCUGUCCUGGAUCAAAUCUAGCUUAUCUUUCUGUUGGAACCGCGGUUGGGGUGAUGGUGCAGUGUUUUGAUUGGAAAAUUGAAGGAGAUAAGGUUAGCAUGGAAGAGGUUCCUCGGGCAAUGACAUUGACUAUGGCUCAUCCCCUUAAAUGCAUUCCUCUUCUUCGAAAUCCAAACCCUUUACCUUCCAAUGCCCUCGAGAGGUCACGAGGCAUCUGUGCGGAUGAGGUGAAUCGGUUUUACUUGAACCUUGUAGACAAGGCAACUAAGAAGGAGAGCGUUGUGAUCGCUGAGGAAGCGAUGAAGCUAAUAAUCAACAGCAUGUGCAAGAUGCUUAUGGGAAAGCGUUUUUCAGAGGACGAAGAGAAAGUGAGGGGGUUAUUAGUGUCUGAAAACAGAUGUCUUGUCAAAGAAGUUAGUCUUGGCGGUCAUCUUGCGCGAGCCGCUUGCCAAGUUUGGGAUCUUGCUUUUCAAAAAGGAUUUAGCCAGUAUUUCUCGCAGGUACGAUGA